UUUUUAGUUUUUCUGCUUUAAACAAUUACGUAAAAUAAUUAACUUAUUCAACAUGUAUAAAGUAGCGAGUAUUUAUUAGAAGUUUUUUCAUCCUUCUCUUCUUCGGGUAAGAUCGUCUUUUCAGAUUAAUUUUUGUUUUCAAAAUACAGGUAUCCGCCAAGAAAUCAAGCCCAUCACUUUCAGAGGCGUGAUCUAGAAUUUGAAGUCAUUCCAAUUAUGCAGCCAGUUCAACCGUACCAACAAAUCGUUCCCACUCAGUUCGUGCACCAAGAUCAGGUGCACAUUCCGCCUGCUCAAACGAACCCGUUCAACAUCUGCCCUACUCAUUUCUGUACACCACCACAACACGCUCAUGUUCAUCAAGUACAACAACACCACCAUCAAUGGCCUUCCUCUACUGCCAUCGACACUCCCCAUUUCCAGCAAUUUCAUAGGGUACCCAUUCCAAACCGUCACGUGAUGCAACCACCCCCUCCUAUUCCUCAUUUCGCUCCCAUAAGGAAUAGGAGAGAGGAGGAGAAUCAACAACAAGCUCCUCCGCCACCACCACCACCGCCUCCACAAUACCCCCAAACUUUCUUCCACCCUCAAUACUUUGUCCAACAUGUACCAAUACGACGUAGGGCUACUUUUACUCCCGGUGCACCAGCUUAUCAUACCUAUCUAUUAAAUUUAAUUGGCACGCUAAUCGCUGGAAAUUCUGGUUACUCUUCCAAUGAUUACUUGGAAGACAGGGAGAAUUUGGAUAACUAUGAAGCCCUCUUGUCAUUAGCCGAGAGGCUUGGUGAAGCAAAGCCGAGAGGCCUACAAAAGUCUGAUAUUGAUCGUAUAACAACUUGCAAAUUCGAAGAAUGUGUUGAUGAGAAGGAUCAAUGUAGUUGUGUGGUGUGCAUGUCUGACUUCGAACGUGGCCAAAUUCUUCGUGUUCUUCCAUGUCGGCAUAGAUUUCACAUGAAGUGUGUGGAUAAAUGGUUGAAAGUAUGUAUUAUACGAUUCAACUUCAUGAUUUAUUUUUAACUUUUUUCCAGCUUAAUCGGACCUGUCCUAUAUGCCGAGCCGAUUCAUCCGAAGGUCUGAAUCAAUGUUAGAAUCUAGCGUUCCCUGGUGCUUUUUUUCGUUCACCUCUGUCUUGUGAUAAUUCUAAAUUUGGGUUGGAAAACAACUUUUACGGUGUGUUUUGAACUGCAUUUUUAUGCAAAAAUGAUGUUCAAUGUUAGAAAUAUUGACACGAUUUAUUAACUUUUAGUAUAAAGCUUUAUCUUUUCAGUCUAUUUUUUGUAAAAAUGUUGUGUGUUAUUGCUUUCAGCUUUAUCAAAUAAUUUUCCAGAUUGUAAACCUGCUAUAUAGAUGGUAAAUUGUGGGAGAAUUUAAGGAAUUUUUUUUGAAUUAUUCUGUUGACGAUUUGGUAAAAUAAAAUCAUAACUAUUGGAGUCAUCCGC